GACUGCAAGCGCUCAGUGUCCUAUUUGUCUUCAGCCGAAAUGACGUCCCUUGCGAGAGCUCUAUCAACGACCCGGUCAGAUUCAGAGCCAAGUCCCGGCACUGAAGUAAGGGUCUUGGUUAUCUACACCGGGGGCACAAUUGGGAUGAAGUACGAUAAGGACGGAGUGUUGGUUCCAGUGCCCAAUGCCCUUGUGCCGUUCCUGAAGAGCCUCCCCAUCAUGAACGAUGAGCAGUAUGCCCAGGAACACAAGAUCCCCGAGCUGUACGGCCAAAACACAAUGGUGCUCCCGCUCUCCGAGCAGAAAAAGCGGAUUGUUUACACUGUGGAUGAAUAUUCCCCGUUGCUGGAUUCCUGCAACAUGACUAUGAAGGACUGGGCCAAAAUAGCCAACGACGUUGAGAAAUACUAUGAGAAGUACGAUGGCUUUGUGAUCCUGCACGGCACGGACACUAUGGCCUUCACGUCCUCUGCUCUCUCCUUCAUGUUCGAUAACCUGGGGAAGCCAGUCAUCCUCACCGGAUCACAGAUCCCCAUCUAUGAGUUGAGAAACGACGGCAGAGACAACCUGCUUGGAGCUCUUCUAAUCGCUGGACAGUUUAAGAUCCCAGAGGUUAGUUUGUACUUCUUUGACAAGCUGUACCGCGGGAACAGAGUCACCAAAGUGGACGCAGGAAGUUUUAACGGCUUCACCUCCCCAAACCUCGAGCCAUUGGUCGACGCUACUGAAGUGGACAUCAAAGUUGACUGGGACACUGUGUUGAAACCCAACACCACUGAAAAGUUUACAGUGAACACUGAGAUGGACCGCAAUGUUGGCGUCUUGCGACUGUUCCCUGGCAUCACCGCAGAGACGGUCAGAGCUUUCCUGCAACCACCAAUGAAGGGGAUUGUUCUGGAGACCUUCGGCGCUGGUAACGCCCCAACCACUCCAGACGGACCAGACAGCACUAAUAUUCUGGCAGAGCUUAAGAAAGCCACGGACAGGGGCGUCAUCAUCAUCAACUGCACUCAGUGUCUCAGGGGCUCUGUGGUCAUGACGUACGCCACUGGGAAGGCCCUCCGUGAUGCUGGUCUCAUUUCCGGCAGUGAUAUGACUCCCGAGGCGGCUCUGACUAAGCUGUCUUAUGUGUUGGCCAUGGAAAAGAUUUCUCUGGAGGACAAGAAAAAGCUGCUGAUUGAUAAUCUGCGUGGAGAGCUGACGGUGCCCAAGAGCAGCCUGCACCUGAGCGACAGCCUCUUCAUACAAAGCAUCGCUAAGGCCCUCAGCCUCAGCUGCAAGGAGGAGCUGCUGGCUGUCCGGGACGCUCUGAACCCGACGUUGGCCUGCGCUGCUGCUAAGACUGGAGAUAUCGAGGCCCUGAAGGCCAUCAGGGAAAUGGGCAGCAGCUUGAGCAUGGAGGACUAUGACGGGCGGACCCCGCUGCACAUCGCCUCCUGCGAGGGUCACCUGAAGGUGGUGGAGUACCUGCUGGAACAGGGGGCCACCGUCUAUGCCAAAGAUCGCUACGGCGACACGCCACUGCGCAACGCCAUGCACUUCAGGCGCAAAGAUGUUGUGAAACUUCUGAGACAGACUGGUGCACAUCUCUCCCCACAAGAGAUUCAGGCCGCAAGAGCAGAGAUGUGCAGUUAUGCAGCCCAAUCGGACGUCGAGGGUCUGGAGAUAUGGGCUCUAGCUGGUGUGGAGAAAAGCUCAUAAGGUCAUACGAGCUCUGUCUCUCCUCUAGUCCUCUUCUCACAACGUCCAAAAGCACAGGUGUCUUCCUCUCGUCCUGCGCACUCAGUUAUCUACACCAAGUCUUCCUACUCCAUCCAAGAGGCAGAAUGUGAGCAGCUAUGGUCAUCUCCGAUACGAGAUGUUACAUGAAUGUAGCAACACUAAAUAUGUAUAAGCCACCAACUUGCUGUGCGUAUACAUAACCGCGUCAAACAUGGUCAUUUUACAAAUUUAAAUGCCGCCCUAUAUAUAUUUUUUGUA